GGGCCCUUGCCUUACCCUAGAGCCGCCCUUGCCUUUGAGCUGAAGGAAGCGAUGCUAUGCUUUCGCUUCUGAGGAAUCCACAUUGAUAUGUAUAGAACUCUUGGUAAGCAUCGACUCAUAUACCGUUCCCGCAUGUCAAAUUACGUGAAGACCGGCCUAGUGAACGAAGCACUCCAGGUGUUCGACGAAAUGACUCAGUCAGACUGCAGAGUUUUCAGCAUUGAUUACAAUAGAAUAAUUGGCGUUUUGAUUCGUAACUCGCGUUUUGAUUUAGCAGAAUGCUACUAUCAUGAAAUGAAGCCUAUGGGGUUUUCCUUAAAUUCAUUGACAUAUUCAAGAUUCAUUUGUGGUUUGUGUAAAGUUAAGAACUUGGAUCUUAUUCAUAGGCUUCUUAAUGACAUGGAUAUGAUUGGUAUAGUCCCUGAUUUUUGGGCUUAUAAUACGUAUUUGAAUCUUUUGUGCAGUGAACAUUUGGUUGAAAUUGCUUUGGAGUUGUUUGGAGUAAUGGGAACGAAAGGGAAAGAGCCUGAUGUUGUGAGUUAUACCAUUCUUAUUAGUGGGCUGUGUAGGAUUGGACGCUUUGAUAAUGCUGUUGAAAUGUGGCAUACAAUGAUUAGGAAAGGAUUAAUUCCAGACAAUAAGGCUUGUAAAGCUCUUGUUUUCGGCUUGUGUGGGAGUGGUAAGGUUGAUUUGGCUUAUGAGCUGACUUUGGGUAUUCUAAGGGGUCAAGUCAAAUUCAACACGGAAAUAUACAAUGUGCUGAUACAUGGGUUUUGCGGAGCUGGUAGGAUUGACAAAGCACAAGCAAUUAAAACGUUCAUGAGGAGAAACGGGUGUGAACCAGAUUUAGUUACUUAUAAUGUGUUCUUGAAUUACUGUUGUAAGGAGCUUAUGUUGGAAGAGGCGGAGAAGUUGAUAGAGAAGAUGGAAGGAAAUGGGUUGAAACCUGAUUGUUACAGCUAUAACCAGCUUCUUAAAGGUCUCUGCAAAGCCAAUAGAUUGGAUAAGGCUUAUAAGCUAAUGACCCACAAGAUGGAGGCCAAAGGCUUGGUAGAUGUUGUAUCUUAUAAUACUAUUAUUAGAGCGCUCUGCAAGACAGACUGCAAUAAGAGGGCAUACAAUCUCUUCGAGGAGAUGGAGCAAAAAGGAAUUGUUCCUGAUGUUGUAACUUUUACAAUUCUUAUAGAAGCUUCUCUAAAGGAAGGCAAUUCCAGUGUAGCCAAGGCACUUUUUGAUCAGAUGAUCAGCAUGGGCCGCUUUCCAGAUCGUGUACUCUACACUUCUAUUAUAGAUAACCUGUGCAAGACAGGUAAAAUAGGGAUGGCUCAGAGCAUUUUCCAUGAUAUGGUGGAACAGGGUGUUGGGGCUGAUGUUAUCUCGUAUAAUGCACUAAUCAGCGGAUUUUGCAAGGCUACUAGAGUAAAUGAAGCUCUGCGUCUUUAUGAAGAUAUGCAAGCUAGAGCUUUGGAUCCAGAUGAAAUCACCUUCAAAUUGAUUAUUGGAGGCCUCGUACAGGAGAAGAACCUCUCAGUGGCUUGUGCAAUUUGGGAUCAAAUGAUGGAGAAGGGUUUUACACUUGACAGAGAUUUAUCGCAGACUCUAAUUAAUGCAAUCAACUCAUAGGUUGCACCGUAUCAGAAAUGGUUGACUUGCUCUGAAUCCUUCCCAUGGGCAAAUUUCUAUUGGAUUUGCAGCUCUCAGAACUCAGUAGACCUUCUGUUCUUCUCAAGGAAAUGCCUAAGUCACCCAAGGUUCCACUCUCCUCAACACCUGGAUGUAUCUCUAACACCGUAAGGCAUCGCGAUGUUGUCAAAGGCUCAUUUAAGGCGCACUUAAGCCUUGAAGCUCAGAGAAGCUCAGGGUCACAAUGGUAAAUAAACUGGCCAAGCUUCUUGGAAAAAAGAGGAAAGUAUACAAUGGAUUUUCUUCACCAUGCUAACGGGAAAUACUAUUCAAGAGCUUGAGGAGAAGAUUGGAGCAUGUAAAUGAGGCUGAAAUAGGUCUUGAGGCGCUAGAAUCAUUACAGGAUUAAUUUUUGGGCCUCUGCUAAUUUUCAAGGGAGAACCAAUGGUGUGUCUAGCUCUCAUUUAUCAAGGCUAAAUUGGAGAGUUUCCUUUGUUAAAAGUUGUUGAAAGCUGGAGGCUCUUAACAGAAUGACUUAUUUUCUAUUGUGAACAUUUGUACUGGUAAUAUGUUACUCAACAUACUUUAGUUCUCAGAUGUAGCUUACAGUUGUUUGUCCCCAUUAUCUAAGAUAAAGAUAAAGCUUCUUGACCUGAUAAUAGCUGUUGAGUCCUCUGAGGACUACUUCAUUCCAUUCACCAUUUUGUUGCAGAGCUUGUUGACAAUCUUGUUGUCCACCUUCUAUGAAUUUUGUUGUAGUCAAAUGUGUCA